AUGGCUGUCGUGGUGUCACAAAUCGAAACCCUGCACCACACGGCAGUGUAUCUGCGAUAUUUGAAAGAUGCAUCGCUCGCCAACGCUCUGCUCGCGUUGCUCGUGGUGCUUGUCGCGCGCGCAGCGCACGUCACGCUCACGGUGUACACACGGCUUACGACGGACACAGCACACGAGCGUGCGGCGACCUUGAAACUACUAGAUCGAUGUCUACGCGCGUUCCAGAUCGUAUGGCUCGCACACGUCGCAUACGCGACUUGGCAGUGGACUCGAAUCGUGACGGGGCAAGGUCACGUGGACCAGCCGCACCAAAUUGAGAAGCAGAGGAGUCACGUGAUCACCGAUUUCAUAGGUGAAUACGACACUGGUGGGCACGUUGCGCCGCUUUUGGUGGUGUUGGAUCUAGUGGUGGUGCUGUGCCAGUUGCAGUUGUUGGCCGCGGGCAUCGCGGGCAUCGCGGGUGCGGAAAUGUGUGUGCCACAGCUCAAAUUGCACGAGUACGGAAUCUUGGGCAUAUUGCGGCUGGACACGUUUGCAAGCAGAGACCGCGGCGAGGAGCUCACUGCGGCUGGCGAAGCCUUACGCGUCUAUGGGAGCACCGACGAGGGUCGUGAGGGUCGUCACAUCGACGUCACGUGA